UCUGAGAUACUUAAUAAUAAUAUAUAUUUAUGAUUUAUUAUUGCAGUUAUUAUUAUUAUUAUUAUUAUUGUAUUAAAUAAAUAAAAAAAUUCAAAAAAAAAAAUAAUAAAAUAAAAAUGAGACCAACAGUCGACCAUUUUGCCAGUGAGUAAAAAUGGCCGUCCAAGAAACACGGGUUUUAAUAUUGUUAUAAUAAAUAAUUAUUUUUUAACAUCAUUUAUUUGUCUGAAUAAUUAUUUAAAUAUCACCAACAGUAAAUAAAUAUAAACAAGUGGGUUACUUAAUAGUUAAAGUUAAUUACCAACAAAAUUGACGUGUUUAUAAAAAUAAUAAUGAAAACAAUUAUAACUUGAUAUUAUUAUACUUUUUAAAAAGUAUUAUUUUUUUUAAACAAAAACAUUACCUGUGUCACAUACAUCUAACCUGUACUAAAAAAAAAUUUUUUACUGCUCAUAAAUUAUUUAUUUUAAAUAUUUAAUGAUAAUGUCAUUGAGUUUGUGAUUGUGAUUGAAGUUUAAAUAUUUUAUUUAAAACAAUAAUAAUAUAAUUGACGUAAUUCCUCUGAUAAUUUUCUAAAUCGACUGUAUUUAUGUACUGGUCUACAAUAAUAAUAUAAAUAAUAUAUUUAUGUAUAUAUGAGGAUCUAUGUGAAUAUUAAACGUCAACAGAUUUAUUAAAAAAAUUAUUUUUAUGUUUCUAAAUCAAAAUAAAAUAUAUAUUUGUUAAUUAUAAUAAUACUUAUGCAAGCAAUGCUGAUGAAAUAAAUAAAAUGGGUGCAUGCAGAAAUCAUUAAUAAAUAAGACAAAAUUAAUAAUUAAUCAUAGCAUGAGUAAUCACCAAAUAAUAAUAAAAGUUAUUAAUAAACAAUGUUUUUAAAUGGUGUAAAUAGAGAAAGUAAUCGUCUACGAAAUUUUAUGGCCAGCUGAACAAGAUAUAGUUUAAUACAGCACAGUAACUACAUUAAUCAUCAGACGAUGCUGAUGGAUUGACAUAAAAGCAGUAUUAAGUUUUUAGUAACGAUGGACGACCGUAGAGUCGCUGAUUAUUUUGUCGUCGCUGGUUUGCCGGGUCAGAAUGACGACUUUGACAACGACAACGAGUCUGACAAGUUGGAAGACUGGUGUCAAGAAGGUACACACCUCAAAGAUUGCAAUUUGCAAGCUCCGAUCACAGAUCUGGCUGUGAUAUUCCCAGCUCUGGGUGAAACUUGUCCCGAAGGGUACACGUUAUUGGAGCACACGGUCUCCGGAUUUCCUGGGGAUUUAAAUCACGGGAGUUUACGUACUAAUGAAUGUUAUCUGUGCUACCGAAGAGGUAGAGACAAACCACCGCUCGUAGAUAUCGGUAUUAUUUACGAUGGCAAAGAACGUAUUAUGGAGGAUGCUAAAAUGAUAACAGAAACACCACAUGGACAUGUUGCUAAUGUUAAUAAUUCAACAUCGAAAAUAUUUGUAACAUAUAGACGUGCCAGUAGAAAAAUGCCUUGUAAUUCACUUGUUGUUACGGACGUAUGUGUUAUAUUAACAAAUAAAGGAGAAACGGCACCGCAGGCAUUCUGUACAAUAAACAAAAAUUUAAAUAAAGGUAUGUUAGGAAGUGAUGUUUUUUUGUGUUACAAAAAAUCAAUGAAUAGAGCUAAUUUGAUAUCAUUUAAACCCUCGAUACUGUACAAAUAUCCAAUGACGGAUUACAAUAGCUUCGGAUUUCCAAAUUCAGUCGCUAUGUUUUGUUUGCCAAUGGGCGCUACCAUUGAGUGUUGGCCGAAAGUUGCCUGUAAACCCAAACCGGUAUUUUCGACAUUCGUACUGACUGUCGCUGAUGCUGCUCAAAAGAUAUACGGCUCGGCGAUAACCUUUUACGAAGAAGUAAUACCUGAUUUUUUGAAUAAUACGAAACACAACAACGAACACAAUAAUGAUUUAGAUUCUAAAAUAAAUAAUACUAAUACGAGCAUUAUUGAGGCCGACGAAAGUAUAACAGACAAGCCAUUGGUUAAAAUGAAAGUGUUUAAAAAAUUUGGUGUCCUCAAAAAAUUAACUCUAGGACAAUUAGAAAAAUUGCAGUACACUGAUCCAGAGCUGCAGUCAUUGAACAUCAGUAAAUCAAUAUGCAUACUGUCUCACUGGCCAUUUUUUGAUACCUUUGAAAAAUUUUUAGGUUUUUUACACAAUAUGGUUAAUGAAAAACCUCAGAGUAUACCGAUUGAAAAAUAUAUAUCAUAUUUUUUGUGUGAUAUACCUUUUCCAAGUCCCCAGAGACCGAGGAUUCUCGUUCAGUUGAGCAGCACAGAUCGUCUUAUAUUGACCCAACCUGAAGACUUGGCAUUGCCACGUUCUGGCGCAAGUUUUCGACAGCUGCUUGUUAAUCUGGGUCCUGAAAAUUGUAUGCUGAUACUGCUACUGAUACUGACGGAGCAAAAAAUACUAGUACACUCACUGAGACCUGAUGUACUGACAUCAGUAAGCGAAGCCAUCGCUAUGAUACUGUUCCCCUUUAAAUGGCAGUGUCCGUACAUACCACUGUGCCCGCUGGGAUUGGCAGAGGUGCUGCAUGCUCCGUUGCCGUUUCUCAUUGGCGUUGACUCGCGUUUUUUCGACCUGUAUGAUCCACCGUCUGAUGUAAACUGCGUCAACUUGGACACCAAUAAUAUUGUACUCUGUGAAGACAAACGUCAUCUGAACAUCAAGUUGUUGCCGAAGAAACCAGCGAGGCUGUUGAAAAAUGACUUGGAGCGAAUUUCGUUGAAGUUGAGCAGCCAGGGUAAGUUUCACUCGCAACGUGAAAAACCAGAUGAAGACUUCAGUGUCGAUAAAGAAUUCCAACAAAAGCGCAAGGAACAAGGGCUUGAAUUAGAAAUUCAAGACUCAUUUUUACACUUCAUGGCUCUAAUUCUCAAAGGAUAUCGCAGUUAUUUAUUACCAAUAACUAAAGCGCCAACUGUUGGUUCAACUGAUCCUACUAGUCUGUUUAAUAUCCAAGCGUUCUUGCGUAGUCGUGACAAAGCUCACGCAAAAUUUUACAGUAUGCUCGUGAGAACGCAAAUGUUUAUUCGGUUUAUUGAAGAACGCAGCUUUGUUUCUGAUAUGGAUAUGGCGGGAUUAGCAUUCUUCGACGAGUGCACUGAGCGAGUUGAAGAAGAAAAUGUCACGUUCUUGGAAUUAGAUGAGUCUCAGCACAGCGAGCGAACAGUAUUCAUACCACCUCCAGAUCCCGGGCCUAAUCAGCAGCCAGUCGUUUAUAAAACUUUUAAACUAAAUCCAGAUUUAAUGAGGCCGCAAAAAAAUUUGAGUAAUAAAAACCCGGCAUUGAGUGCUUUUGGUAUUACACCUGGUAGUCCAAUGGCUCGUCGGACUAAACACGAGAUUAAAGUUGCUCAGAGAAUGGCUCGUAAACAAGCAGCACUUCCUGAGCGAUGGGGCAGAUGUUUACUGGGUACGUGCAAUAGUCUUUGGUUCUUACAUUUACCAGCAAUGCUGCAAGUAUCCAGUCAACCGGCUGCUAUCCUCCAUCAAGCUUACGAGCUGCUCGUUAAAAUGCAAAAGUUACGGCUGGACCCCAUGGAGGAAGUGUGUUAUAGAGCAAUGAUGCAACUCUGCGGUGUCUAUGGUCAACCAGUACUGGCAGUUAAAUUGUUAUUUCACAUGAAACGCAGCGGCGUGCAACCUAAUGCACUCACAUACGGAUUUUAUAACAAGGCUGUCCUUGAAGCCACCUGGCCGUCAGAUAUGACCAACUCAAGCCAACUAAUGUGGAAUAAACUGCGAAAUGUUAUCGUGGGCGCAGCUUUAUUUAAACGGGCUGGUAAAAAAAGUGCAAGACGACGGCUGAGCUCUAAUCCGGAAGUUAUUGGUAUUGAAGGAUUAAAAAUACAGGGAAUGGAUCAUUUGGCUACGUCGAGAUCUAGUCUUGAUAGUUCUCAUUCUCAUGAUCCUGAAACUGUUAAUAAUGACAUGGCAUCAAAAGGUAGCUCAGUUCCCGAUUUACCGGGUCUAGGUUUUAUGGACAUGAAGAUUAAGUCAAAAUUCCUACGUCAAGAUAGCAUUGUCAAAGAUGUUGGAAUGAUUUGUGCAACACAGCCUGAAGUGCUUGAUGAUUCACCAACUGACUCGAGGUCAAUAGACACGCCAGAAUCACCUCUAAAAAGUCCAGUAAGAACUCCCGUUACUGAAAAUGAUCCAUUGGGAGCUUUAGUAAAUGACGAGACUCCGAUAGUAUCUCCGUCUGAAGAAAAUGACUCCAAUUGCUCAACAAGUACAUUGACUGUUGUCAAUAACACACUUGGAGAAAGACCCGGCGGGCCUCUUCUAUUUAGGAGUAGUAACGCAAAUACUAUACCUCGGAGCGCGACAUUUCAUCAAGCUGUCGACGAGACGGGUCCAGCAGUCAGCAGUCAAUUGCAGCGAAGCGAAACUAUGCCUCACUCGGUUGCUCAGCAGGGUGAGCAAGAACGAGAACGUGAUCGAUUGGAGAUCAGUAGCCUUUGGUCAAAUAAAGACAGCGUCACGUCUAGUUUAUCAAGUUUAGGGUCAAGUCUAAAGCUAAGCUUUGGACGAUACUCAACCGGAGGCCUGACAUUUGGUAAAAAUAAAGAUUUAAUUUCAUCAAAUGUAUUCAUUGAAUCACUCAGUCUCUCUAAUUACAUCAGUCCAUCAAGUUUGACGGGUAAAAAAUCAAAUGAAAUAAUUCUCGGUGGGUUGAAUAGUCUAAAGUCAGCAGCAACAUCUGUCGCUAAAAAAUUUGACGAAAUAAAAGAAGCUAUUUCGGCCACCAGUACACCAGUAAAACUGAAAGAACGUGAUCAGCGGCUUGGUUAUGGGUUGUCGCACGAGUCGUUAGACUCAUUGACAGAUGGAUCUCAGCAAGACCGUAAUGAAAUGUCAGCGAGAAUGUCAGGGGAUUCUGGUAUGGAAGUUCUGGGUUCACUGUGUGAGCUCGCUGACUGCAUGUACCCAAAAGGCUCGAGGGAGUUCGAGGACCGUUUAGCUGUCGAACUUGUUAUCUCCAGUGCUAGUCGUUGUCAUCACUGCCUGGCUAUACUUUAUGACGAAGAAAUAAUGGCCGGUUGGCAGCCAGAAGACUCUAAUUUAAAUACUGUCUGUCAGUUUUGCGAUAAAGCCACCGUACCGCUUCUUACAGUGACUAUUCUUGACUACCGAUGCAAUGAGGGUGAGAAAAUAAAUGAUCCAUUAACGGGUGCGCUAAUUGAGUUGAUGGAGCAACCGCGCGAAUUACCCGAGCCUAUUACUGUGCCCUAUUUAAAUCCACUGGUACUACGUAAAGAAUUAGAAAAUGUACUGAGUCAAGAAGGCGACACGUGUCUUACUAAGCACAGAUUUAUUCAAGAGCACCCUAUUGUCUAUUGGAAUUUAAUAUGGUACUUUGAGAGAAUAAAUCUCAAUAGCCAUCUACCAGAAUUGUGGCUUAAUAAUGACAACAUUAAAGAUUUGCCCACUAAUUCGAGCUUAGUUGGAGUAAGAACCAUGUGGGACAACGAAAAACUUCACAUGAAUCGUCUGCCUAUGUAUUUACAGUGGAAACAAAAUUUACAAGAAGAACGAUCGCUGAUGCAAAACGUAAUAACAAACGUCCGUCAUAAUAACUUGACAGAACCAAUUAAAAGAGUGGCCUUAGAGAGAAGUAAAGCUGAAGUUAAAGAACAACCACCGUUUUCUAUUUAUAGAGAUAUUUUGUUUUUGGCUUUUACUGCAUUAGGAAGAACAAAUAUUGAUCAAGGAGUUUUUGAUCGUCAGUAUUCAGCUGCCUUGGAAAAUUUGACAGAUAAUGAAGAAAAAUUAUUACACAGCACUGAUGCGGCACCGUCACCAAUGACAUUGUACUGUAGACAUUAUUUUAAGCAGUUGAGUGUAUAAUAAAAUUCCCGAACGUAAGAUAAUAACGUUAGAAAGAGAGAGAUUGAGCGAGAGCGUUAGAGAGCAAUGAAUGUAUUUUUAUUUUUUGAACGAAAAUAUGUCGACGUAAGUGACGAUAAAACGACGGAUAUUGUUAUA